AUGAUUGAGGAUAUUGAGAAUCAAAUAGAAUCAAAAACAAUUGUUUUGGAUGCCAUAAUAAUGCUGGAUAAAGCUUGGCGUAAUGUAACAUCGACGGAGAUUGCUAAUUGCUUUCGGCAUGCAGGUUUUUGUGACGUUUCGACCGAUACUGCACAGCAACAAGCAGACAGUGGAUCGAUUAAUGACAUCGAUGAGGACUACGUACGGAUUGAUGACGACCUCAUAACGUCAGAAGUUCAAACGGAUGAAGAUAUAGUCAACAACGUCAUAGCCAGCCAACAAGUUGAGCCAGAUAAUGAUACUGAUAUCGAUGAGCUUGCUGAUGAGCUUGAAACUGUGCCGUCAAUAUCCGAAGCUCGUGCUGCAUUGAGGACACUAGAAAGAUUUUAUUACACAAAAUAUGAAGGUACAGAUGCUGAAAGAAAAGCGUUGUCUUUAUUAGAAACAUCGAUCAACACUAAAUACACGAAGCAAAGUUCGAUCAAAGAUUAUUUUAAGAAAUUAAAUUCAAACGUUUCAUAA